CUCCACCCCCUUUUAAGACCCUCUUAGCCACGUCCACUCUAUGGGAAAUGCUUUUUAAAGACAGUUUUAAGUUGUUUAAGUCUAUCAUCUCUAGGGCUUUCUAGAGGUUAAAGUGAGAAAUAGGCCCAACCAAGAGAGAGAAGAAAUGAAGUUCACGAGUGAGUCUGGCAUAUGGUCAGACAGCCGCUGUGACAACAGUCAGGCAUUUGGUGUGGUCGCCUAAGAGGUGGGGCCUGCGGCGGCGGAACCCGGGAACCCCGUGGGCCUGCGCGGCGCUCUUCCUUUCCGAUCCGCCAUCUGCGGUGGAGUCGCCGCCAAGAUGCAGAUUUUCGUGAAAACCCUUACGGGGAAGACCAUCACUCUCGAGGUUGAACCCUCGGAUACAAUAGAAAAUGUAAAAGCCAAGAUCCAGGAUAAGGAAGGAAUUCCUCCUGAUCAGCAAAGACUGAUCUUUGCUGGCAAACAACUGGAAGAUGGGCGUACUUUGUCUGACUACAACAUUCAAAAGGAGUCCACGCUUCAUCUUGUGUUGAGACUUCGUGGUGGUGCUAAGAAAAGGAAGAAGAAGUCCUACACCACUCCCAAGAAGAAUAAGCAUAAGAGAAAGAAGGUUAAGCUGGCUGUCCUGAAGUACUACAAAGUGGAUGAGAAUGGCAAAAUCAGCCGCCUUCGCCGGGAGUGCCCUUCAGAUGAGUGUGGCGCUGGAGUCUUUAUGGCCAGCCACUUUGACAGGCAUUACUGUGGCAAAUGUUGUCUGACCUAUUGCUUCAACAAACCAGAAGACAAGUAAUGGUAUAUGGGUUAAUAAAAGACAUGAACUAACAUUUAA